CAGACCCCAGCCAGCCACUCCAGCUCUACAUCCGUCUCCCAGCCAGAGGUGCUGCAUGAGGGGCCGUAGGGGCGAUCGCAUGACCAUCAACAUCCAGGAGCACAUGGCCAUCAACGUGUGUCCUGGACCCAUCAGGCCCAUUCGCCAGAUCUCGGACUACUUCCCUCGCAGGGGGCCAGGACCGGAGGCUGCUGGCGGCAGGGGCUGCGGGGAAGCCCCAGCUCAUCUGGCCCCUCUGGCUCUGGCCCCCCCUGCGGCUCUCCUUGGGGCCACCACACCCGACGAUGGAGCUGAGGUAGACAGCUACGACUCAGAUGAUACCACUGCCCUGGGCACGCUGGAAUUUGACCUUCUCUAUGAUCAGGCUUCCUGCACUCUGCACUGUAGAAUCCUCAGGGCCAAGGGCCUCAAGCCCAUGGAUUUCAAUGGCCUGGCUGACCCCUACGUAAAGCUGCACCUCCUCCCUGGAGCCUGCAAGGCCAAUAAGCUAAAAACUAAGACUCAGAGGAACACACUGAACCCUGUGUGGAACGAGGAGCUGACGUACAGCGGAAUCACGGAUGAUGACAUCACUCACAAGGUGCUCAGGAUCUCUGUCUGUGAUGAGGACAAGCUGAGCCACAAUGAGUUUAUCGGGGAGAUCCGCGUGCCCCUUCGCCGCCUCAAGCCUUCACAGAAGAAGCAUUUUAACAUCUGCCUUGAGCGCCAGGUCCCGCUUCCUUCACCCUCUUCGAUGUCUGCAGCGCUGAGGGGCAUUUCCUGUUACCUGAAGGAGCUAGAGCAGGCAGAGCAGGGACCUGGGCUGCUGGAAGAGCGCGGGCGCAUCCUGCUGAGCCUCAGCUACAGCUCUAGGCGGCGUGGGCUGCUGGUGGGCAUUGUUCGCUGUGCACACCUGGCUGCCAUGGACGUUAACGGCUACUCUGACCCUUAUGUGAAGACGUACUUGAGACCAGAUGUGGAUAAGAAAUCCAAGCAUAAAACAUGUGUAAAGAAGAAGACUUUAAACCCAGAAUUUAAUGAGGAAUUCUUCUAUGAGAUGGAACUCUCCACUCUGGCAACCAAGACCCUGGAAGUCACAGUCUGGGACUACGACAUUGGCAAAUCCAAUGACUUCAUAGGUGGUGUGUCUCUGGGGCCAGGAGCCCGGGGAGAGGCGCAGAAGCACUGGAGUGACUGUCUCCAUCAGCCGGACACAGCCCUGGAGCGCUGGCAUACCCUGACCAGUGAGCUGCCCGGGGCUUUCCCUCUGGCCUGAGUAGACAGCAGCUGCCCAGCACAGGCCCUUUGGGCCGGGUCCAGUACCCAACCUUCGCACGAGUGUGUUGCACGUUUACAUGGGGUGGGCUGCCCCCUGCCCCACACUACCUGUCUUAUUUUUGUGAGUCUGUGACGUGGGUCUGUCUUCUUGUGAGGACUGUGGAGAGCUAUAUUCACAUAUGCAAACUUUCUCCUGCCUGACUUGCUGUUACCUGCAAAUAUGCAACCACCCCAUGCACAGGACCAUGUGGGAGUCUCCUGCCAGUGCCCCUACCCCACCCUGCUACUCCUCUCUUGGCCUCUCCAGGCUGCCCGACCCCCUGCUCCAUAGGGAGAGGUCGGAUUAGGGGAGAUUAGAGGAGGACAUUUCCAAAAGAGGAAAGGACAAGGAAAGAAAGAGCCAACCCUUUAAUACAGAGCCUUCGUUAAAAAGUCCCAGCCCUGCUCAGCUGCUCUCCUAAAGGAGUGGCCUCCACAGGGUCUCUGCCUCCCUAAGGUGUGGCAGAUCCUCUUGGCCACUCAUUUAAAUAACUGUCCCCUGGAUGGGGCUGGGAUGUGAGGGCAGGCCCCUGCCACCUUCCUCGGGGACAUUUGUGCAUGUUUACGCCUUUUCUGAUUGUGUCAGUGGCCGAAGCAUGGCAACUGGGCAUCAAUAAACAUCUCUUGAGGAAGUGGGCUCCAGUGUGCUGGCAUGGCAGGAACACCGUGCAGGCUUGGCUGGUAGCACUGGGUGGCUACUCUGGGAUGUCGAUUACCAGGUCAUCGUCUCCGUCCAGGGCAUCAUCCCCGCUGCCUGUAUCGCUGAACAUCUGCUGAGGGACGGUGCUCAGGAUCGUGUGUGGGGGCAUCUUGGGAGGAGGCAGGGGGGUCAGGGCUGCCCCAACACUGGCCCCAGAACCCCUGGCAGGGAAGGC